UUUAAUUAAUAAUGAUGAGAGGGAGAGAAGUUCAAUUGCAGCAGGGAGAGAAAGCUGGGAAGGGGAAGACUCGCUUUUCUUGAUCUCUCUCUCUCUCCUCCUUCGCACCUAUUUGUCUUGUAUGCUUUCUCUCGCUCUGCUUCUAUCGAUCUUCCCCUGUCGUGCCCACUCUCGAAAACAACGAAGGAAGGGAAACAGAUAUUUUUGAAGAAACUACAAUAGCUACAUUCAGUACCUACUAAUUUUACUCUACGGAAAUUUUGGCGGAAGGACACAAAUGGGAAUCGCCUUCGAGGAUGCGAUCAAGCAAUUCCAAGCUUUGAUGGAUGAAGUAGACGAGCCAUUGAAGAUUACGUUUCAGAAUAUUCAUCAAGGAUACCCAGCUGAAAAUUUAGUUCGGUUUCUUAAGGCGAGGGAGUGGAAUGUUGCCAAGGCACAUAAAAUGUUGGUGGAUUGUUUAAAUUGGAGAAUACAAAAUGAGAUUGACAAUAUAUUAGCGAAACCCAUAGUUCCUACAGACUUAUAUAGAGCAGUACGUGAUUCACAGCUCAUAGGAUUAUCAGGUUACUCAAAAGAGGGCCUUCCGGUCAUUGCUAUUGGUGUAGGUCUCAGCUCGUUUGAUAAAGCAUCUGUCCACUACUAUGUGCAAUCACAUAUCCAAAUCAAUGAAUAUCGAGACCGUGUGAUUUUGCCUCAUGCAACAAAAAAGUAUGGGCGGCAUAUUGGCACCUGCGUGAAGGUAUUGGAUAUGACGGGUCUAAAGCUUUCAGCUUUGAGCCAAAUAAAGCUAUUGACUGUCAUUUCUACCAUUGAUGAUAUGAACUAUCCAGAGAAGACAGAUACAUAUUACAUUGUAAAUGUUCCAUAUAUAUUUUCAGCUUGUUGGAAGGUUGUGAAGCCUCUUUUGCAAGAGAGGACAAGAAGGAAAAUUCAGGUGCUGCAAGGUUGUGGAAAAGAUGAGUUGUUGAAGAUAAUGGACUAUGCAUCCCUCCCACAUUUCUGCAGAAGAGAAGGUUCUGGUUCAUCCCGGCAUUCUGCUGACGGAGCUGAUGAUUGUUUUUCCCUAGACCAUGUUUUUCAUCAACAACUGUACAACUACAUUAAUCAACAAGCCAUGAAUUUGCAACCUGUUGCACCAAUCAAGAUGGGAUCUUUCCAUGUUGAUCUGCCAGAGCCAGAUCCUGAAGGAACUAAGAUUGCUCUUACUAUAGAGACUGAGCUCCACAAACUAGAUCGGAAUGGGAUCAAUCGUUUGCCAAGUGAUUUGAACUUAAACAGCAAUCGGAAUCAGAAUGGAUAAUGAUCUGUAAGCUCUUGAGCUUAAUCAUUUGGUGACUAUAGACUGAGCCCUCUCAAUCCGUGGGCAUUUGAAAUUGGAUUAUUAUAGCAACGGCUUGCACCAUCUUGAUGCAGGCUUUUGUAGGAAUGACCAACUUUGUUUUAUGUAACAAGACGUAUCACCCUUAGGUUGAGCCAAUUUGCAACCUUCUCCUGGCCAGAAAUUGAAUAGGAACUGUAAGUCUGUAACUUGUAGUUAAUAUAAUACGAGCUGCAGUAUCUAAUUUGUCCUGCCAAUACUUGCUGAAUGGUGAGGAUAUUACUGCAAAUACACCUCAAAGCUUUGAGUGAUCAUCAACUACUAACUGUUACGAGGCAGGGCUAUUGUUUUUGUC